AUGUCUACCACACCAUCAUCCCACAGCUCCGCCACCGCGCGUGAUGCCACAACAAACUACUCCUACGAUCUCAGCAACGCGAUAUACGGCGCCUUCCCCAGCUGCGCAACCGAUAUAUCGCCGCGCAGAUCACGCGCCGCAUCUCCAAGUUCCGCGUCCGCAUCAAAUUCGUCAAAGAAGCGCAGCAGCACAGCCCGCAUGGCUUCAAACACCACUACCACUACCGGCACUGCAAACCGCACACUCUGCCGCCAAGCCAUAAGUCUGCACCGCGAAAACGCGCCCCCAACCUGGCUGCCCGCACCCAACCCCAACCCCACCAACAAACGCAGCGCGCUCGCCAGAAGACAGCAAGGACAGCAAGGCAUGAAUAUCCACGCGAGCACGUGCCUCAAUCUCAAUGCCAGCGCCGAAGACGAGACUUCAGAAGCGGAUUUGUGGAUUUUGCCUGAGCUGGAUGAUUGGGAGGAAGAUGAGACGGAGACUGAGUCUGCGAUUCUAACGCCUUCGAGUUCGGCGGAGUUGGACGCACCAGUGACUGCAGGACCGGAGAACAAGUGGGCCGGAGUCUUACGACGCGCUGCCAACUCGAAUCUGGAGCGACUUCGGACGAGGAUGGAGGGGGAGGGGUGGGAUUUCGUUAAGCCCGAUGACGAGGAUUUGGAUGAGGAUGAGGAAUUCGACGUCGUUGUUUUGCGCAAAGCGUAG